AUGCAAGCAUUCAAAUCCCCCACUUUCCGCCUCGCACGCUUCUCUCGUCUCGCAAGAGCUACUCCGCUGCUUGUCCGUUCGCCUCUUACUUCGCGACUUCCGUCCGUUCACGCUCCUCGCGCUUUCUCCUCUACUCCCGUCCCGCACUUUUCGCGCUCUUCCUUCAAAAUGGGUGGCAACGUCGUUGAGAUCACUACUAAGGAGGACUUCGAGUCCAAGGUUAUCGGCGCUAGCGAGCCCGUCCUCGUCGACUUCUUCGCGGAGUGGUGCGGUCCCUGCAAGGCCAUCUCCCCCGCCAUCGAGAAGCUGAGCGUGGAGCACACCGGCGUCAAGUUCUACAAGGUCGACGUUGACAAGCUCGGCGAGGUUGCCGCCAGCAACGAGAUCUCUGCUAUGCCCACUUUCCUCUUCUUCAAGGACGGCAAGAAGGUCGACAUGGUCCGUGGCGCCAACCCUCCUGCUAUCAACGCCGCUGUCCAGAAGCUGCUCGCAUAA